AUGGCUAAUAUCACGGAAGAACCCGUGUACGAGACAGAUGCGCUCAAGGCCAUCCGCAUAUUCUGGUCGCCCGUAACAAAGAAAUUGGAGCCCUGGUAUUUGACAUCUUGGGUUGGAUAUACGGAUAAGGACGAUGAUUGGUCUCCACCUACCAACUUUGAUGAUCCAGAUGUAGUGCGGAGAUUCGAAGCAAUCGUCCCAAAGAACUUUGAUAGGAAGACGUACGGUUCAAUGUACGAGGCACCCAAAGAAUGGAUUGACAAGGAACUGAAGACCUAUUAUGACGACAAUCCUGAUAAACGUCCGACCUGGAAACAAUGCAGAAAGCUCAACCAGAAGGAGCUGGAAGAGCGACAGAAACGUUUAAACGAUCCAAGCCUCGGUCCUCCGGAUGUGUUAAUCUCGGAGUAUCAGAUCCAGGAGAACUACAAACUGUACAAGGCAUGGCUUGCUGAGCAGAAGGACAGCGGAAAGGCGGGCCCUAUCCCCAUCUCUCAACGCAAGGCGAAGCAAGUAGAAGAAAAAAAGAGGCGAGCUUCUGAGAGUAAGACAUUCUCAGGAUGGGACAAAACCAGCAAACCAAAGUCAAGUGCGAAAAAGGCCACGCUUGAUACCGCAAUCGAUGGGUGGCUUAGUUUCUUUGGCGAAGGAAGCGGUAUUUUGAACGAAUAUCAAGAACCGGCGCAUACUGGGUAUAGAACUCGACCCCAGUCAACCUCCAAUUCGCGCAGGGCACCUUCCACUGAUCCUGAGGACUCCGAGGAUGAUGUCCCACUCGCUAGAAAGGCUACGAGGACAUACAGGGCUCCAAGUAAUCCAGUUGUUCCAAAGGUAGAUGGACGGCGAGCACCCAUCUCUUCAAGUAGCUCAGACGAGGAUACUCCUAUGCCAAAUCUCCGAGCACGGGUUGGAGUCCCAUCUAUCCUCCCAGCAGCCAAAGCGACGAUUAGCAAUGAUAAAAGGGCAGCAUCCUCUGCUUUUCCUGUUUCAAGACCAACGGCCACUAUUGAGCAAAAGACGGCGUCGACGAACAAGACACAUGUUCCGUUGUCUUCGAGUGCAGGCGCAUGGGAUGCUGUCAGAGAACGGAUACCAUGGGCAAAAGAUCAAAACUUCACGCUACGGGAGACUACUAAAUCGACACCAAUACAAGCAACUCCCGACGACCAGCUGUCGAUGGAAACGGACGAGCUAUUCAUAGGAUCACCUGAGCAGCUCGAAAAGCCUCAUGAUAUGGAAGUCGAUACCACUGCAGACGCCCAGAACUUUAUGGACGACAUUUACCAUCAGCUCGCUGGAACGAAACCGUCGCUUGAGGACACUUCAGAGUGGUCACCAGUCAGCUUGAUGCUAAAGACUGAAAAGGGGAACGACGAGCUCUGCAAAGUCCUAUUACUCGAUGCAACUUCUCAACCAAAUCCACCCAGCCUCAAAUGGAUACACCGCAAUAAUUUCGUUAUCAAGAGUACGCAUCUUUUCGCGCAGCUCGAUCUCCUGUUUCUUGCCUAUCAACCAUGGCAACAUGCACGUCUGGGACCCAAAUCCCAUCUCGAAGCACCCGCGCUCGACGCAUUUGCCAAAUACUUGUCAGACACGGGGGUGAUAGUGAUUGCAGAUACAGACUAUUCAGAGAUCAAAUUGUGUAUCUAUCCUUCGUGGCCACCUUUUUGUGCAGAACGGUUCAAGGUGACACCCAGUAUCAAUCUGCAUCUGAUGGUGACUGUCCUCAAGUGCAAGUCCGAGUUGCAGCUUAUAUCUUCGACCUCGAGGCUCACCGCACCGCAAGACACUCAGAAGACUUACCCUCCAUCCAUUGCUCUAACCCCAAGUGCGAGUCGGGGGAUGCGGAUUCUCAAUUUCCCAGAUACGUUGGCUCGUACAAUUCAAGAGCGACGAGCACAAGGUAUCUUGUCAUACACUCUUUGCACCGCGGAAAGCAUGAGUUUCCGAUUCGACUAUAAACAAAACGCCGAAGAUAUCAAAGACGAGCACGUGGAUUCCGUCGAUCCCUCUCAGCAUCGGCGACGAGGUGUGCUGCAUAUGGACGAGACAGUGGCGCUCAUUGAGCUUAUGCGUCAGUGGGAUGUGAAACCCAAGCCAGCAUAUGUCGGAACCGCAUUGAUGGUUUUCAUCCAUAACAAUGCGUGGGAUAUGUUGCGCUACUUUCCUGGACUGACGGAUAGGAAGACGAGAGCGUCAAUCGGAUUCUAUGCGUAUGGACCAUAUCAUGCGCUACAUCCGUCACUAUGGGAAGUACGUGAGAUUUUCAAGCGUGGUGGAGUGUUGACAUUUACAGCCGAUAUGAUCUUGGCUGAACCAGUACUAUUUCUCAAGACGAUCGAAUGCGUCAAGGAUUCUGAUUUGUGGCUGGCAUUUGUGUCUCCUUUGGUGGUUGGGCUUCUGCAAGUGGAGGCGGCAAAAGAUGAACGAGCACUCGAACCGCUAAUCGCCGUAGUAGAGGCAAUUCGAGAUGGACAUUUGUCAAUGACGACGGCCCCUCCCUAUCCUUGGAAGACGGAUGACUGGACGGCAUGGAUUGAACGAAGCUUCUUAGAGACGAUAGACGGCGUUGCAUCGGCCAGAUCAACGGAAGCUAUUGAUUCCAUUCUCGACAUUGCUGAAGCGGCUUUGGAAGAGUUUAGGACGAAGCUAUUGGACGCCAAGAAGAUGCGACAAGAGUUGGAGGAAAAGGAGGCAAAGUUGGGCGGGUUUUCUCGAUCACGACCACCUGUGACACUGCAAACACGGGAGUUGGUGAAGAGCAUUGGGGAGCAGGUGUUCAAGGAUCUGAGACAGGUGAUGCUCGUGCCCGUUAUGCAUACAGAGUAUCGCCAGUUUGUGGUCCUACACGAUCUGGACCGUGAGGAGACCGAGUGGAAGAAAGCAAACCCGCAGGUGCAGGGGUCUCCUCCGAAGCGAAAAGAUUCGGUCAGUGCCAAGCUCAUGUCGCAUGCAUGA